AUGUCUGUUAAUUAUGAUUUCACCGAUAAGGUAGUUGUAAUAACCGGUUCGAGUUCGGGUAUCGGUGCCGGCAUUGCCCAACUGUUUGCCAAAUCGGGUGCCAAUGUUGUAGUUACCGGUCGUAAUGGCGAUCGUGUGGCCAAAGUGGCCAAACAGUGUACAAAUGUGUCACCGAAACAGUUGACUGCACUGGAAGUUGUCGGCGAUUUGACUAACAAUGAGGAUUGCAAUCGUCUAAUUGAUACAACUGUCCAAACGUUUGGCAAAAUUGAUAUAUUGGUCAACAAUGCCGGUUCGGGUAGAUUGACGUCAAUAGACGACUCAGACUAUAUGGAAAAAUUUGUAUUUAUUAUGCAAACAAACUUGAAUUCAGUGGUAUAUCUGACACACAAAUGUGUCCCAUAUUUGGCCAAAACUCGGGGCAAUAUUAUCAAUAUAUCGAGCGUUGGAUCAAAAAUACCAUCAUCCAGGUUUUCACCCUAUCAUAUAUCUAAGGCAGCACUGGAUAUGUUUACCAAAUGUAUGGCCGCAGAGUUGGGACCCAAACAUCAUAUCAGAGUUAACGCAAUACUGCCGGGUUAUGUACGGACAGACAUACUAAUGACGUCGAUGUCCUUAAAUCGUACGGAAAGUGACCAAAAGUUUGAUCAAACAGCCGAUAUCUAUCCGGUUGGUAGACCGGGUCAGCCCCAGGACAUAGCCAAUACUGUUGCCUAUUUGGCCAGUAAUACUGAGGCCGGGUUUCUGACCGGCAGUAUUGUUGUGGCCGACGGCGGACAUCUGGCCGUUGUUGGUCUUAAAUAA